CUUCCUCGCUCAUUCUCAUUCACUUUCUCCUAUUCAAACGCAUGAGUGUCUUGUCGCAUCAGACUGUACUAGACAACAUCAAUGUGGUAGCCGGUGCUGCAGCCAAGAAGAGCUGCAAUAACAACAACAACAACAACAACAACAAACGGAAACGACAAGAUACUACGUUUCCUACUUGCAGUAACAAUAUCAUAAGCACUAUAUCAUCAGCAUCAUCAUCUCCCAGUCUUAUCCAGCAACAGCCGAUACCCUCUUUGAGUAGUGUAUUGAACAGUACUGAUACUGGUAGCACGACUCUCCCGAUCAUGAUAUCCCAUCCAAACAGAGAUACCGCCAUGCUUCCAUCUUCAACAGCUACACCAGCAGCAGAUUCUUUUGUGAUCCGAUCACCUCUUUCUCCAGAACCUCAACAGCAGUAUCAUCAGCUACAGCACCAGCAACGUCAAGACGAGGAUUACUUUGGAUACAAGUCGCAUCCAUCCUCUUACGAUACUCUGAGUGACUAUGAAGUUGUUCUUGAUGAUGGCAUUCUACAAAGACGCACAGUUUCAUUGACAACUGUACCUGGAUCGUAUUCUUCCUUUUUGGAUCAGCAGCGGAGACAAUUGCAGGCGCAGCAGGACAAUAGCGCCAUUGUUAAUAAUCCUGUUACUGUAACUACUAUUACCGCAAGUGAAUCAAGUCCACUCCUUUCGAAAAAUAGGCAUCAACAAUCAGAACCCAAUCAGCAACAACAGCCGGUCUCUAUUGAAUCUGAUGACGAUGACGACGACGACGGGAAAUCUAGCAGUAGUGGUGGCAACAGAGCAACUUCCAUGCUCUCGUAUUACCGUCAUCGACUCAUGCGGUUCAAAUUGACAUAUCCCCAGAAAAUGGUCAUCAAGUGCAGUACGGCCUAUAUGCUAGGAUCCCUUUUCACGUUUGUGCCGUUUUUGAAUACUUGGGUGGGAGGUGACAUGGUCGCAAGCCAUCUAGCAGCAACGGUUACUGUAUUUUUUAAUCCGGCGAAAACCGUCGGUGGCAUGGUCGAGGCAGCUGGUUAUGGUUGGCUUUUCACAGUGUGCGCUCUGGUCUUGUGCCUAACAAGUGUGUCGAUCAACACGAUCCUGAUCUCACAAGGCAGAUUCUGGCUCAGUUACGGAUUAACCCUGGGUGUCUGGAUCGGCUUAAGCUCGUUUGUCAUUGCUUAUUUUAAAGGUCGGAUGAAUCGACCGAGCACGGGAACAGCGUCGGCACUUGCAUUCAUCAUUAUUUUAUCCACCUUGGUCCGUGAGCCGUCACCUGAUAGAAUACAUUUUCUGUAUAAUCCAAUCAUUGUCAUUCGGCAGCUGUUUGUUCUGGUGGCCAUCGGAACCAUCAUCUCUGUCGCUGUUUGUCUCUUGUUAUGGCCUGUCACAGCAACCAAAAAACUAAAAUCAGACAUCAACAGUAGCCUUCAAUCGGUCCGUGUUCUGCUCAAGCUACUUACCAAAACAUUCCUCCUUGAUUGCGACUUGCCAAACUUUACAGCAAACAAGCAGCUUGAAGAAGCUAUCAAGGCACACAGAUCCGGAUGUACAGCAUUGAAGCAAUCCUUGGUGAAUGCUAAACGUGAGCAUCCACACAGUAUGAAGUGUUACGAUGAUAUAGUAUCCAGUCUUCAACGACUCGAUCGGCAUAUUGGUGGAUUGAGAAGCAGCUGUGGUCUGCAGUUUGAAGUCAUGCAGGAACAUCAUCAAUGGAACGUCAAGGCAGAUGACCAACGACGUAAACUCGAGCACGAAUUGCGGCGAGAGAAAAGCCAGCAACAUGAUAACCAUCACAAUAACCAUCAUCACCAAAAUCCACAACAACAACAACGACAACAGCAUGAUCACGAAGAUGACGGAGGUAGCGAUGAUAGCAAUGCCGGCGAGUUGGUUCAGUUUAUCAAAACCGUGCGUCAACCGAUGAAAUCAUUGGCCUACACUUGCAAGCAAACGAUCGUUCAUCUACAAUCGCAGUUCGAUAACAGCAGCAGCAGUAACAACAACAAAACGACAGCGGCGGACGCUAAACGACAUGAUGCACCUAGCACUACCACUACUACUACUGCUGUCCCUUCUGUUACAGCAGCAGCAGCACCCCCAUCCUUUUGUCGUUUACGACAAAACUUGUUAGCGGCAAUAGAUCUUUUUGAAGACUCGCUCCAUCAUGCACUGAGUCGCAUGUACAACCGCCGUAAUUAUAGCGACUUGCAUAUGCAGCUCAUGAAGGAGUUGCCUGCAGACAAUGUAUUUUUGGUAUAUUUCUUUGUGUUUACGCUAUCGGAAUUUGCCAAAGAAUUGACAAUACUCGUGAAUGCGACCGAAUGCGCGGCUGUUGCCGACCAAGACGAUGAAGGCACGGCGACUCCAUUAAAGAAGAAGAAGAAGAAAAGAAGAAAUAGUAGUGUCACUCUCUCCACACCAUCUCCGCCAAUAGCAAGAGCGACGCAGUACAGCCACAGCAAUCACGACGACGACGCUAACCGCAGGAAUACGACGACGGCACGAUCGAGAAGAACUACGGAUCAAACGACAACAACGAACGCUACGAAUGCAGCAGAUAAUGCAUUCUUUUUGCCAAAUAACCACAACACUUCAAAUACGCUUCACACCCCGCAGCCCAAUACCCAGCGGCAUAAAUUCAGUUUUAAGCUGUGGAGCUUCUUUUCCUUGUUUCGACAGCGUACGAUCAAGUUUGCGGCCAAAAACAUGUUGACGGCAAUAGCCUUUUCUGCAUUGGCUUUUAUACCCUACACUCAACCGUACUUUUACCAGUAUCGAAUGGAAUGGACGUUACUUACUGUUAUGACGCUACUCACCCCCACGGUAGGCGGCACGAAUGUGGGUGCAGUUCUCCGUGUCCUAGCAACCAUUGCCGGCUGCGCAGUUGCCACGCUGACUUACACCUUGUUUCCAGCCAACCCCAUUGUCCUUACCUUAUUGACGUGGCUCUACUCCAUCCCGGCCUUCUGGGUCAUAUUAUACCAUCGCCACGGUCGAUUCGGGCAAGUUGCUCUGCUGGCGUACAACCUGGUUGUUCUCUACAUGUACAAUCAUCGUAACGAUGUGCAGUUUGUCAAUAUUGGCGUUGUCGAGUUGGCAUGGAUACGGUGCAUCACCGUAUCACUCGGCGUUGUGAUAGGUCUGAUUGUUACGGCGUAUAUUUGGCCAUAUGAAGCAAGAAAGGCGCUCAGACAGGGUCUCUCGGACCUGCUGAUUCGGUUGUCGUGGCUGUAUAAGCACCUGUCAACGACACAUGAUGCAGAAGAGAUGUUAUUUCACCAGACCGAAUGCCAACAGGCCCUUGUGAAACUCCGGGAUUUGCUCGUUCAUGCGCCCAGCGAACCUCGGCUAAAAGGGCCAUUCCCAACUGCCACGUACAACUCGAUGCUCAACUCGUGUCAAAACAUCCUGGACAAGUUUCUAUCGUUGCGGAUCGUGGUGCUCAAAGAUGUGUGGUCAGUCCAUGUGCACCAACAACUCUUGAUGGGGGCCAAUACCGAGUUCUCGGAGCUGGUGGGCAAUGUUUUGCUCUAUUUUUACGUGUUGGCGUCGGCAUUGCAACUGAAGACGCCGCUGCCUCCUUAUUUACCACCGGCUGAGAGGGCGCGUGUUUUGCUCAUGCGGCGCCUUCAGUAUGUGCUCGGACUCAAGUCGGACGAGGGUUACAUGGCUUAUUAUGCUUAUAUCGCUCUCAUGGAAUACAUCAUCCGUGAACUGAACCAGCUCGGUCAGGACAUGAAAGAUCUGUUUGGGUCCUUGAUACCGCAAGACCAGUGGACAGAAUAUUUUGCCAUUGUAUAGAACCUUUUUUUUUUAUUAGAUGUGUACUACUAAAAGUGUAUAAUGUAUAUUCUCAUAAGUAAUAAAGCGGGGAGGAGGAGAGAGAGAGUUUGUUGAGUGACUGGCGAGUAAGAAUAAAAAGAAGAUUGACAGUUUUGGAUGUAAAGUUAUAGAGUGUACCGAAAGAGAAGAUAGCAUAGAGUUCAAAAAGGGGGAGAAAAAAGGGGGUCGAGUUAGUGAGAGUUCGUGUAGAGUUUCAUAGUGUAAUUUUGGUGUUUG